AUGGCCAAAAAAGGCACAGAAGGAGCUGUAUUUGAGCAUUCUGUGGAAACUCCCCAUAUCAGAGCUGAACCUUCUCAAGACCUCAAGCUUGAAUCACCUACAAGAUCUUUGAUAAUGGAAGCUCCAAAGGGAAUACAAGUGAGUGCAGCUGCAGGGGACUUGAAAGCCACUUGUAGAAAAGAGCUACAUUUGCAGUCUACAGAAGGGGAGAUAUUUUUAAAUGCAGACUCAAUCCGGUUAGGGAAUCUACCGCUGGGAUCUUUUCCCUCAUCUUCCUCACCAAGUUCAUCGGCAACAAGACAGACUAUCUAUGAGAUCUGUAUUUGUCCAAAUGGCAAACUCUACCUUUCCCCUGCAGGAGUAGGUUCCACGUGUCAGUCCAGUGGCAACAUUUGCUUGUGGAGCUGAAGACACCAGAAUCAUCCUCCUCCUCCUCCUAUUUCUCCUCCUCCUCCUUACACCAGAAUAGCCUUUUUGUUACUGUCCCUCUGCUUCACGGUUCUGCUUGAUUUCCCUCGUUUGAUCAUGAAGCUCUACGCAGCCUCCUGGAUCUCUUCCAGCCCAAGCAAGGAGCCAAACAGAGCCUUCUCUUCUGGCUUAUGGAGCUCCAUGAUGGAAGAUAGAAGGCCUAAUAAAAUGGUUGGCUUCACCAGGGAAUCUGGAUCUUCGUAUCACUUUUUGUCCAAAAGGGAGAAAUACACAGGUGCCUUGGCUAUAUAUGAAGUGAAGCACAUUGUUUUAGAAUUUUUUUGAGCAGGAACUGUAUACGAGAAACUGCACAUAUAUACAUAAUUAUAUAGAGAUAGAUAUACUACUAUAGAAAUUGGCCCAGAAUCUAAAGUUGAGAUGAAUUGGUAUGACAAAUAACUCUACUGUCUGAAAGCACAAUUUUCAUAUACCCAUCACUUUUGGAUGUAAACUUUUAUCCCAGAAUUUUAAGACUUCAAAACAUUGUGUAACAUUUGCUUUACUAAACAAGUAAAAUUCAGUUUCAUAUUUUAAACAGCAAGAGACAGAAUCCCUCUCUGAGUGAUAAUCUUUCCCCCCUCCCUUCAGGGCAUUGUUAUUGUGUCUCCUUCAUUCAGAUUUUGUGAGUUAGAUAAACACUUUUACAAGUCAUCAGAAUUGUUACCUAUCCAAACCUUUUAUUUUUGUGCUGAUUUUGAAUGAUUUGUUUGUGCAUGUGAAGUAACAUUUAAUAACAGUUUUCCUCUCAAUCAUUUGAAUGCAUCUAAUGCAGCCACACUAUUAAAGAAAAGGGAAUCUGUUGACCUGAUGGCCCAUAGAGCAAAAUACACAUAUGAUUAUUACAUUUUGCUUCUCAAAAAACAAGCAAACUCUAAUAUAUAUAAAUGUCUAGAGAUGGAGAAAAGAUGAGGUCACUGAGGGUGUUUUCUACAAAGAAUGACUUACAUACUUUGCCCAAAAUAUAGUGACUUAUAAUGGGAACAAGAGCCAUGUCCUGGUUUUAAAUGAGAAUUUCCUCAUUUCUAUUUCAUUACAGCAAAGGAGGCAAAUCUAUGCACGCAUAAAUGUUCCUUUGAUUGAAACAAACAAAAGGGUAAUGCCAGAGUUCCUAAGGAAGCAAUGGGUUGGACUGCAGUAGUCUCAUGUUGUAAAGUUCUUUACUUCUUCUUCCCUUCCUUCAUCCCUAAACAUCCCAAAAAUCUUUCUAAGGAGUCUCAGGAAACUGCCCAGGUGAAAUAUAAGUGGAAUGUAGAGUGGGAGUGAUGAGUGCAGCAGAAUAGCCCCAAAUUCAUUAGUCAUUUUAGGUCAUUAUGCCCCCCCCACACCAGUUGCUCUCAUAAUAUAUUUCACAUUACUCGAUGGUGAUCACCAAGUUUCUCUGAGAAACUUUGGUAGUAGUGAGGAAGUCUUUCCUU